GGAGGCCUGGGUGCACCUGGUCUUCGUACGCCGACGGCGGGUGCACCAGCCAGGCAGCCACCUACACUAUAGCGCGGCAGCAACACCAAGCCCAUCCACUUCGCCACUUUCUCGACCAAAGCAAGCGAGGAAGAGGCAGCAGGCUGACACAGAGAGAGAAGACGGGCCCCAACCCCCCACGCCGCACCGCAGGGUUCUCCGUCGUCGCCGCCGGCAAGCUUCCGACCGACCGGCGGGCGAGAUCGUCGGCCAUGGACUCUCCACCUCCGUUCAUCUACUGCCCCCCAGCCGGCGACGCCGACGACGCCGGCGAGAAGGCCCUCAUCAAGGCGGCCAUCGACGGCAACCUCGGCCGCCUCAAAGGUAUUGUAGAGCGGCUCACCAAAGGAAAUGGCGACCGGUCGGCGAUUUUUUCUUUCAACAACGAUGGACUCUCUGUGUUGCAUAUCGCGGCAAGCUUUGGCCAUCUGGAUAUUUGCAAGUAUUUGGUGGAGGAGCUCAAGGGAGAUGUAAAUGCUCCUGGACAUGGAGUAGCUCUAGGUGCGACUCCAUUUAUGGUGUCUGCUCAGUCUGGUGAUGUUGCUGCCGUCAAGUAUUUUCUUGAUCGUGGCGGUGAUGUAAUGAAAGCAGAUGACAAAGGACAAACAGUUCUCCACCAUGCUGUGGCUGCAGGAUGCUGCAAGGUAACAGAGUUCCUCCUUUCAAAAGGAGUGCCGGUCGACAUAGACUACGGCCGUGGAACACCAGCCUUUCUGGCUGCUGUAAAUGAGCAGGAUAAGACAUUGAAGAUUUUGUUGGACCACCAUGCAAACCCUAAUGUCAUUGUCAACGGUAUGGGAAAUCCUCUGUGUAUGGCUCUUGUUUACCGUUCAUUGAAGUGCAUGAAGCUACUCAUUAAGGCUGGUGCGGAUGUUAAUUGCAAGGGUUGUGCUAUGACUCCUUUGGUGUUUGCUACGGGACGAGGAGGUUAUACGAACUACAUUCAGUUCCUAUUGAAGGCUGGAGCAGAUCCUAAUAUUCCAGAUGAUUUAGGUAGGUUGCCAAUAGAGUUUGCUGCGGUGCGUGAUUGCAAGGAAGAGGUUGAAAUGUUGUUUCCUUUGACUAACCCAAUUCCAAAUGUCCGAAACUGGAGUAUUGAGGGAGUAAUUUCUUAUGCAAAAAUUCAAGAUAAAAAGCCGAUGGAGCAAAAGCACGUUGAAAAAAGAAAGGCUUUCUUAAAGUUACAGGCUAAUACGGCAUUCAAGCAGAAGGAGUAUAAGUUGGCAUCACAGUUGUAUGGUUUGGCAAUAGAUCAUGCAGAGAGUGCAGCACUGUAUGCAAACAGGAGUGUUUGUAAACUGCUCAUGGGUGAUGGUGAAGGUGCUUUGUCGGAUGCUCUCAGGUGCAGAAUGCUGCGACCUGAUUGGGCCAAAGCUUGCUACCGUCAAGCUACAGCUCACAUGCUACUCAAGGAGUAUAAACAAGCCUGUAAUGCUCUCUUGGAUGCACAAAAGCUGGAUCCUGGGAAUGCUGAAAUUGAGCGUGAACUACGGAAGGCUAGGGAACUCAUGAAGAAUCCUCCUGCUGAAGGCGAGCAGUGAGGGGCGUGCACGUUGAACUGCAGGCAGCAACAUGUGCCAGUUCUUACUAAAAGUGGAGUUAGCAUCAACUUCUAAUCCUUGUGUUUUAUUAGAACCGAAAGGCUGAAAUGUGUGGCGAAUCUUGCGUCUUCAGAUUUCUAAGAUGAUUUUUUAUGAGAUUUUCUUGUCUGUCCCUUGGAUCAUAGUAGCCAUUUCCUUUACUUUUGGAUGAGUAUGCUUGCAAUUCCAAUUAUUCAGUAUCUGUGCAAGGCUUUCAUGAUCA